UGGCUGGCAGGGGCGAGUUCUGUGGCCGGCGCUUUCUUGUGACGUAUUCAGGCUACGACCGCCGGGUUGUUGAUAAGGUUUUUCGGUGUUCGGUGUUUCGUUGUCCGUGGUGAUGGCGCAAUACAAGGGGGCGGCCAGCGAGGCCGGGAGGGCCAUGCAGCUCAUGAAGAAACGGGAGAAGCAGCGGGAGCAGCUGGAGCAGAUGAAGCAGAGGAUCGCGGAGGAGAAUGUGGUCAAGGCGAACAUCAACAAGAAGUUCUCUGCGCACUACGAUGCCGUGGAGGCCGAGCUGAAAUCCAGCACUGUGGGUUUGGUGACUCUUAAUGACAUGAAAGCCAAGCAGGAGGCUCUAGUCAAAGAAAGAGAGAAGCAACUUGCCAAGAAGGAGCACUUCAAGGACCUUCAGCUGAAGCUAGAAAAGCAAAGAGAGAAAGAAAGAAAAAAAGAACAGAAAAGGCAGAUCGCCAGCCUGUCCUUCAGCCUCGAGGAGGACGGAGACGACGACGACGACGAUGAUGAUGAUGAUGACGACGACGACGACGAGGAAGAAAUUGAAAAGGAAGAAUUGCCAAAGAAGAAGAAGAAGCUGGGAAAGAAUCCAGAUGUGGAUACGAGUUUCCUCCCCGACCGAGACCGGGAGGAGGAAGAAAACCGGCUCCGGGAAGAGCUGAGACAGGAAUGGGAGCGCAAGCAGGAAAAGAUUAAAGGUGAAGAAAUUGAGAUCACGUUCAGCUACUGGGACGGCUCCGGACACAGGAGAACCGUGAAGAUGAAGAAAGGAAACACUAUGCAGCAGUUCCUGCAGAAGGCUCUGGAGAUCCUGCGCAAGGAUUUCAGCGAGCUUAGGUCGGCUGGCGUGGAGCAGCUCAUGUAUAUCAAGGAAGAUCUCAUAAUUCCCCAUCAUCACAGUUUUUAUGACUUCAUUGUGACAAAGGCCAGAGGCAAAAGUGGUCCUCUGUUCAACUUUGACGUCCACGAGGAUGUCCGGCUCCUCAGCGAUGCCACUGUAGAAAAGGAUGAGUCUCAUGCUGGCAAAGUUGUUCUCCGCAGCUGGUACGAAAAGAAUAAACACAUCUUCCCUGCGAGCCGGUGGGAGCCGUACGAUCCGGAGAAGAAGUGGGACCGGUACACGAUCCGCUGAGGAGCCCGGUGCCAGAGCGCCUUUCUCUGUGCCGCUGCUUUUACUCGGCUUGCCGUUACCGUGGAGACCUUGGCUUGAGGUUGGACCGUGGAAUUGUUCUCCCGUGGAUGUGCAGCUUCCGGCUUCUGGACUAUAUCUUUUUUUUUUUUUUUUUUUUUUA